AUGGAUAAAAAGAACUCCCUUUCUGUUUGGGUUUCUGGGGCUUUUAUAAUGUUUGGCGGGAAGGCUCUCUGCCCUCUCAGGCUCUGGUGCAGAGGCCUACUUUUGGCGGGCUUUUCACCUUUCAGCCAGUCGGUCCGGGCCAUCAUAACAUCCUAUUUUCUAGGGAUUAUGAUGCCCGCAGGGCGGCGGCGGCGGCGGCACCGAGGGAAAGUUCAGCAGCCGGAGAUUCCCAGAAAUGGCGGCGGCGGCGGCGCGGAAGGGAAAGUUGGCAUCUACGUCUACGAGUGCAAGACUUGCAGCAGAACAUUCCCUUCGUUUCAAGCGUUGGGUGGCCACCGCGCAAGCCACAAGAAACCCAAACCCCCCGCCGCCGCCGCAGACGUUGAUCGGAAAAAGCCACCACCGGCGGCGGCGCCGCCGAUUGAUCAAACAGCGGAAUAUACUCCGGCACCAACUUCAACGCAAUUUCCGAAAACUCACGAGUGCUCGAUAUGCGGGUCGGAGUUUGCGUCGGGGCAAGCAUUGGGCGGCCAUAUGAGAAGACACAGGUCUGCUGCAACUAACACCAAUACGACGUCGUCGUCUGAUAUUAUUGAUGCCGGAGAAAAGACCAGAAACAUGCUGGAGUUGGAUCUCAACCUGCCGGCGCCGCCGGAAGAUGAUCGCCGGGAAACGAAGUUCCACCGGUUCACAGCCAACAAGCAGCCGCGUCUUGUUUUCUCCGCGGCGGCGCUGGUGUUGUUUCAAAAAAAUUGUUCCCGGAAGUUUGAGGAAUCGUGUAAAUCGAUCCACGUGGGAUGUAACUAUAUGGUAAUCGCAGAUUUGGUCCUUUUGCGAAUGAUUCGAUUUCUAAAAUGCUUACAAUUACCCCCUAAGGGUAAUUUCGACUCAUAA